AUGGAACCGCACAUUACGUUGGGGCCAGGAUCGGCGAAGAGAAGCUUUCCUUUCCAAGGCGAUGAAACGCUUGAAUUCAUCCCUCUUGGUGCAGGGAACGAAGUUGGGAGGUCGUGUUGCUUGCUGAAAUUCAAGGGGAAAACCAUCAUGUUCGAUUGCGGGGCGCAUCCAGGCUAUCGAGGAGAAGAAUCACUUCCAUUCUUCGACGAAGUUGAUGCUGAAUCCAUCGAUCUUCUCCUUGUCACUCAUUUUCACGUUGACCAUGCCGCAUCCGUGCCAUAUUUCCUGACCAAAACAACAUUCAAGGGCAAGGUAUACAUGACCUACCCCACUCUUGCAAUCUGCAAGUUGGUAUGGUCAGACUUCAUCAAAGUUUCUGGAAUAUCAGAGCAGUAUGGAGGAAGUUUGUACACAGAGAAAGAUAUUCAAGAGACUGUAAACAAGAUCAUCUGCAUUGACUACCAUCAGGAGGUGGAGGUGGAGGGCGUCAAGUUCUGGUGCUACAAUGCUGGGCAUGUGCUUGGCGCUUGCAUGUUCAUUGUCCAGAUAGCAGGAGUACGUCUGCUCUACACAGGAGACUACUCUCGUCAGGAGGAUAGGCACUUGAUGGCUGCUGAGAUGCCUUCAGUCCAGGUGCACGUGCUUGUGGUGGAGUCGACCUAUGGUGUUCAGACCCACGAACCUCGGCGAUCAAGAGAGAAACGAUUUCUUGAGGCGGUUGUCAGCACGCUGCAGCUGGGAGGGAGAGUCCUGCUUCCCGUCUUUGCGAUAGGAAGGGCGCAGGAACUUCUGCUGCUCCUCGACGAGUAUUGGAGGAAAAAUCCAGAACUGCACAGAUAUCCCAUCAUAUGCCUGUCGGGGAUGGCCAAAAGAUGUAUUGCUUCUUAUCAGACUUACAUCAAUCAGAUGAACAAUCGCAUCCGUCAUCUCAACGAUAUCGAGAAUCCCUUCGAGUUUCGUCACAUCCGCUACAUGACGACGAUGGCGGAGUUCCAAGACAACUGUCCAUGCGUUGUUAUGGCCUCUCCUGGAAUGCUUCAGAACGGGCCAUCCCGAGAUCUCUUUGACAGAUGGUGUGAAUACCGUCACAACUCAGUUGUCAUCACAGGGUAUUGUGUACAGAACACCCUGGCCAAGGAACUGCUUGACGCUCAACCCGCUACACACACACUGCAGGAUGGUAAGGAGGUGCCCCUGAAGAUCAGGGUUCACUACAUCUCCUUCUCAGCCCAUGCGGAUUUCAUCCAGACUUCUCAAUUCAUCGACGAGCUCCGACCCUCCCACAUCGUCCUGGUGCACGGGGAGGCGAACAUGAUGGCGUCUUUGAAGAAGCAGCUGGUGUCCAAGUAUGAGCACAUGGGUGUAGGAGUCUGGUCUCCUCAGAACACCGAGAAUGUCACCUUGACCUUCCACGAGAGCAAAGUCGCCAAGGUUGUGGGAUCUUUGGCUGUCGAGAGACCCAAGACAGGAGGAAGCCUGCACGGUGUAGUGCUUCACAAGAAUUUCCAGCUGACCAUAGUCGGAGUGGACGAGAUGGGAGCCCACGCUGGGUUAGAGGUCUCCCACCUGAUCCAGAGGCAGAGCAUCCCCUUCCACCAGCCAUGGGACGUGCUCCGGUUCCACCUGUCGAAGCUCUUCGACUCGAUAUCCGGAAGGUGCUCCUCUUACUUCUUGCUCCCGUUCCUCCUCAUCUAUGAACCGCAGACGGCCAUCAACAUGAUCCAACUCGAGUGGGCGUCCAACCCCGUCAACGACCUCGUGGCCGACUCUGUCCUCAGCGUCGUCCUUCAGGUCAGACAUUCUUGUUGGGAGUGCUCGACGCUGCUGACGAACCCGUACAGACUCUGA